CCCCGCCUCCUCCCACCCACCCAAGAGCUCAGCUCCUCCGUCCUCUUGCACCUUAUCUUACUCGUUUAAAUAUCCGCGCUUGUUCUCGGGGGGAGAGAGAAAGGGUACAGCUAGAGAGAGAGGGGGGAGAGAGAGGGAGCCGGGGAUUGGGGGAGGAUGGCUCUGCUGCAGUGCCAGAGCCUGCCCGGCUUUGGCUGCAGCGGCAUCGCCCUGGCACGAGCGGGGGUGCAGCAAUGUCUGGCAGCGGCGUCCCACGCGCCCCUUCUGCCUCCCCUCCUGCGCGCCAAUGGCGGCAGGACGGGCCGCUCCCCUGCCUCCGUUAAGGCUGGCAAUGCGAUAGGCUUCGGCCGGCGGGGACGGAGGGACCUGCGCGUCGUCGCGGAGGCGGCGGCGGCCAAGGUCACGCCGGUGUCGCCUGGCGGCGUCAGCAUCAGCGACGUGCUCUGGCCUUCCGCCGGAGCAUUCUUGGCCAUGGCAGCACUGGGGAAACUGGACCAGGUGGUGGCGUACAAGGGAGUCUCCUUGACGAUUGCGCCCCUUGGAGCGGUCUGCUGCGUGCUUUUCAGCGCUCCAGACUCGCCUGCAGCCAAGAAAUACAAUAUGUUCGUUGCACAGAUUGGUUGUGCCGCAUUAGGUGUAUUGGCCCUUUCGUUGUUUGGGCCAGGCUGGUUAGCAAGAGGUGCAGCUCUUUCUGCCUGCAUAGCAUUCAUGACCAUCACAGGUGCCACACAUCCUCCAGCUGCAAGCUUGCCCCUCUUAUUUAUUGAUGGCCCGAAGUUUCACAAUCUGCAAUUUUGCAAGAGGUGGUGGUUUACCUAAAGAAGAACUUCAAGUUUUGAUUCAAGCAGCAUGACUUCAUGACUUCUUGUGGCAGCGAUUCCAUUAAUUAUUCGAUCAUGUACCAUAAAUAACAUGACCUGCAUUUGCAAGAAGAUGAGAAAAUGUAGGUUUACUGUCACUUGUUUAAAGAUGAAAGAAGACUUUCCUUGAUACUUUCUACUGAUCAAAGCGCAGAGCUACACAUGCGAAGUA